GUGUGUGUGUAGGUGUGAAGUUGAUCGUGUGUGUGCGUCGGUGUGUAUUGAUGGAGGUGGCAGAGGAGGGGGGGGGUGGAGGUUCCUUAUCAGCAGAGCACAGGCAGCUUUUGAGGCUCUUAUCAGCAGCCACCACAUUGUACGAGCACAUCCUCUUGUCCAGCAGGGAGCGGAAAACUCUCCUUGCAACACGGUUCCCUUUCUCUCCCCCCCACCUCUCACACUCACCUCUCAUUUGCCAGGACCAGAACUCUGGCAACCAACUAAAGCAUUGUGUCUUCCUGGCAAAGAGGGGGGAUAGGAAUAGACAAGACAGUGAAAGACAGAGAGGUGAGGAUGACAAAUGGGGGCGGAUGGUGGAGACCAUCUAUAGAAACCCACUUUGUCUUUGUUUAACGGAGCAAGUUCUCAACAGAAAGCUGAAGAAAUUAGUUGGUUGGGACAAUCCUGGUCUCAUUCUUUUUUUGUCUUUAAAUACUAAUUUAUAACUCCUAUUAUAAGGAUCUUCUUGAGGAGUGUCAGACAGUUUGGCUCCAGUUCUUUCUUGUAAAGCGAACUGAAGGAGGACGGAGGCGACGUCAAGAGCUGCGCAGAUACAACAUGCGCAGUCGCUCGGAGGGAUUUUGCAUGACCGGCAGACGAGACACGCUGGAUGUCAGGAUGUGUCUAGUAUUUGAGUCCAAUCUUCAAGGAUCACCUUGAGAGGAGCUUAAAUCACACAUCCUGAACGGGACACAGACGAGUUAAAGGCUGCCACUCCAGACUCAAUGAAAGCCUGAUAUUGGCCACUUGGAGCGUCAGACGAAAAGCACACACCCAUCCUCUUCACGUGAAGUGGCUGCACGCCGGAGCUGAGUUAACGGUGCCAAAGGAGGAAUACAUUGAAAGGAAGCGUGGAUCGACCCUUUUACGAUGUUCUGAGGGAACACGCGGUUGCACAAGAGGCGGGAGCAAUGACCGAGGCCGUGUCAGAGUGACCGCUUUAUGGAGCGUGCUCAUGUCAGAAUCGCUAAAAUGUAGCAACCGACGAUGUUGCACACGGAACAGACUAUAGAAUGAUUUUGAGAUUACAUAUGGACAGAUUCUGACCUGGAGUUCCAUCAAAGAUGCAAUGACAUAAAGAGAACUGGAGGACUUUUUUGGAUUAUCCUGGAAAAAAAUACGUUUUUUGAGGAAAAUGAAGCACAAGCAAACGUUAAAUUAAAUGUAUGCAUCUAAUUUUAAGGCCGACUGUUGAAAAUGAACAUAUGAGUUUAUCUAAAAAGAACCUGAGAAACACAAAGGCUGGGAAGAGGACUAGCUCGGCACAGAGACACGUCACAACCAUGAUGGAGAAACUCAACUCCACAGGACCCUCUGCCUCACCUCCAAACCUACCUCGUCCCUCCUCUUCCUCCCCACCUUCAUCCUCCACCUCCUCACCAUCCACAGAGCAGCCCAGCCCGCUGGAUGCUGUCAAAAGCCCACCUUCUGCUCACAAAAUCAGGUGCAUGGAUGCUCUCACCACCCCUUUGACUCCCAUCGCCCUGACAACAGGGCAAACCAAUCACAAGACAGACACACCUGAACCUGCCAACAUGGAGAUGGAUGAGGAAGGUAUCUGGUCAAAGAGCACAACUGGGGCAGCCGCAUCAACAAACAUGUCACCCACCCUUUCCUCCCCGCCUCCCCUCCUCCCGGCACCCACCAAGACGUCCCCUUGCCUCCUAACAACUCCAACCACCUCUGCAGCCCUGCCUUUGUCCUCAUCCUCCUCAACUCUUCUUCAGCACAUUCCCGUCAUCAGCCUCAGCCACAGCAAGCCUCCGCUCCCUCUACCAAGCACUGCGUUGACCGCCCUCCACCCAAUUCCCAAUCUGCUGCAUGGGGACCUGCACAGCCGCCAGCAGACCUGUUUGCCCAUGCUCAGCCCGGCAGCUUCUGGAUUACCUGGAGGCCCCUCCUCUACUUCUCCUGGGCUUCUGCUGCCUCAGCAGUACAUCCCUGCACCUCCAUUCCUAACCAGUUCUUACCUGGGACAAUCAGGUGGAAGCUAUGGUGUCAUCAACAACAGUCGCAUCAAGAGGAGGCCGUCAUCCCAAUAUGAGAUGGAGAUCUCGGAUUGCCCUCCUCAGAAACUGGCCCGCCGCGUCUUCACCAACAGCCGUGAGCGCUGGCGCCAGCAGAAUGUGAACGGAGCGUUUUCGGAGCUGAGAAAAUUAAUCCCCACACACCCACCCGACAAGAAGCUCAGCAAAAAUGAAAUCCUGCGUCUGGCUGUGAAGUACAUCGACUUUUUAGUCACCCUGCUCAAUGACCAGGCCCAGGGCAAGGGUGGGGACUCCGCGGAGGGGGGGACAGAGGACGAGAGGCCUGCUGCUGGGAUGGACAGCAGCAAGCAGAAGCCUCUUUUCCAGACCGACGCUUCACCAGAAGCGGCCCACGCGGCCGCCGUGUCGAACCACAGAGACUCCGCAGACUCGGUCAUCGCCCUGGCUAAUUCCCCGGCAACCUCCAGUUGCUAUGGCGACACAGAUAGUGAGGAAAGCUUUGGGACCAAGACGUCUAUGGUGACCAACAGCAUUCUAGGAAAGGUCAAAAGUCAAAUAAGGAUGGUGGCAGCCACUAAUGAUGAGCGGUGACACCAAAAAGAUACCAAAUGUGUUUGAUGAGCCGAGGAGGCUUCAGUUUUAGUGAAACCAAGCAGUGUUGAAGAUUUUGUUUCUUGAUAGUAUUUGGUUUGUGUUUUUGUAGUGUUGUGCAAAUGUAUUGUGCAGCAAUUCAACACCUGACGAUGGCUUUGGAGCAUUCUGAGCUAUGAAAAUGAACUGAUUAAAUGUUUCAAUCAACUAAA